AUGGAGAAGUCGAAUAACGGAACUGGUAAUGGGUUGAUAGAAGAAAGUUGCUCAAAGCGACUGAAUGCAUGGUUUAAUGUCACGUCAAAUAUUUCAAGAGUGUUUAAUAAUUUAUUCGGAGUUGCGGAACAUACAGAAGUUAAACUGCAACAAACUCCGGAAGUAUCAACUCCGGUGAAUAAUAGAAUUCAAUCUGAUUCAAGUAUCCAAGAACUUGUAGAAAGAAGAACUAAAACCUUGGAAAAAUUAAGAGAGAAAACUGGUGAAUCAGAAAGAAUUUUCACAAGAACUCCGGAAUUUGAAAGAAGAAUGCAAGUUGUAGAUCAAUUAUAUUAUCUGCGGUCUAGUACUCCGCAAAGACAAGUAGAUUCUAAGAAACGAAAGAACCUGGAAGAGUCAAAUAUAGCGCUGGCGCGAAAGAUUCCCAAGAUACAUGGAAAAGAGGAAAUGAAAGAACAAGAAAGGGGUCAAGAUACAGACGAAGAACCUUCAUUAGUUCCCGAUAAUUGUCCAAACCAAAUUCUAUUAGCAUUACAGCGUAAGCGCGAUUACAUGAACGACUUAGAUCAAGAGAAGAAAACACUGACAACAACGACGACGAAUAAUAAACUUACUACUAAUAAUAAACCAGAUAAGUUAUUACAACAAUUACUCAAUAGUCGACAAGUUGUUGAACAGUCUAAAGCCCGUAAAUCUCGAGUACCAAACACUUUAAAUCAACCCAAAAUACUGGAUUCUGUACAAUCUGCAAUAUCUUAUAGAAUGAAUAUUGCCAAUCUUUUGAACCGUACAGAUCCUAGCAUUAGUUCAGAUUCUGAAGACUCAGAAUUGGAUGAAAUUGAUUCUGAAGAAGAGGAAAUCAAUGAAAUUAAAGAGAACAAGCUUCAAAUACCCGAUACCAGUAUCAGCUCUCAAAAGUCAGAGAGAUCUAUUCAUCAAGAUAAAAGUAGUCAAGAUCAAAUAACACUUAUUUCUAGUAGUCCAAAGGCUGGAAGUACCCCAAUUGAUCAAUAUCGAACGAAGAAUAAUGUACAUAAAAAUAAUAAUACCACUACAGGUGGGACAAAGAAAGUGUUAUUGGCAGACAUUAUACGUAGCAGAUAUGCAGAAGCUGCCUUAAGUGAAGACAUUCCUAAGGAACACCAGGGUAAAGAUAGUGUUGAUAAUUCAAUAAUUGGUGGUAAGACUUACAGUGAUUUAACUAUCCUGGCAUUUAAAAAUCAAGACGAAAUAUCUCAAUGGAGAAAGAAUAGGAGUACAGUCUGA